AUGUCAAUUCUCACUACCCUACAAACUACCAUUACGGGUCCGUGGUUUGAUAUCGGAAAUAAACAUAUUAUAAAAUGCAUAAUCUAUAUGUCUAUUUUAGUAGGCCUUUUCGCAACACAAUUAAUUGUUGAUAGUUGGCUUUGGUUCCUUUACAAAUGGACAAUUGUGAUAAAGUCCAAGCACUACUACCGUAAAAUCCAACAAGCACAAAAAAUGCAAUCUGUAGUCAAUAUUUGGAUCAAUGAGUUCCUACUUUGGACAAUAACUCGGGAGGAUAUACAAAUAAUAUUUGAGGGAGAAGAUAUGAAAGUUAAUGAAAAAAGUCAAGUAAUAAUUUGCAAUCAUAGAUCAAUAAUUGAUUAUACUAUGAUACAACAUCUUUUUGGAGCUGAAAAUGUAGUUUUCGCCAGUUGGAGACGCUUAAUGAAAUACCCUAGCCUAAUUCAUUUCUGGUCGAUAUUUAGAAAUAAUGAGAACGCUGCGGUGUCAGUUUCAACCUUUAAGAAAUACAAAGGCCUAGAGAAGAUAGUGGUAUUUCCCGAAGUUAAUAUUUUUACCCCCGAAGUUAAGCUGAUUGAAAGGAAGUUGAUGAAAGUAAAGUGUAAAGGAUUGCCUGUUUUACACAACGUUUUAUACCCCAGAUUUGGCACUUUUGUAAACUUGAUCAAAGCCCUAACAAACGAAACUUCAAAGAGGGGAUUACGAAUGUUAGAACAUUUAAUAUUACCAUCGAAAUCCGAUUAUCAAGAAUCUAUCAACCUUGUGAGUUUAACUAUAAUAUACUACACAAUAUCUUUGAAACCAAGCGGUGAAUACAAAUUGGAACAAACGCUCCCUGCUCUUUGGGAUAUAUGGUCGUUAGAGUCUCCUCUUAUUAUUUGUGUCCAUUCAACAAACCAUAACCUUGAUAAACUCGGUAGAAAGAAACAGACGCAGCUAGAAAGCUGGUUAGAAACCCAGUGGUGUGCCAAGGAUCGAUUGAUAGAGAGUAUGGAAUUAAACGUGGAGGUGAUUUAA